CAAACCGUUUCAAAAUAAAUAAUAUAAAAUUUCUUUCUUCAUGCAUCUCUCUCACGGUUCUCCCUUUAUUCUCUAGUAUUUUUCUUCUUUCUCUUGUUUUCUUUUCUCUCUUCCUCCUUUAUUGUCCUUUAUAACAAACCGCUGCCUCUGCCUCUGCCUCUGCCUCCACACCUUCCAGCGUCUUGCCUUCGAUUGAAGGUCAGCUUCCUUCCCAUCAACCUUUUCCUGUCAUUCUUUUUUAGCUUUGGGUAUCCACAGGCCAAACAAACACACGCUACAGGAGGAAGAGAGUUUUCGUGAGAGAGAAACCCUAAAUUUUCUCUGGCGUUUCUGGUUUUUGUGAAUUUUGAAAUCCGCUGCUUCAUCGGAGACUCAUUUCAGGUUAGGUAUUUAAUACAAUGGUAGGAUUUAAGAACAGAUAUAUGGUUAUGGAAGUAUUGUUGGAUCCAAAUAAAGAAAUGUCAGGGGAUGAUUCCAUUGUAAUUACUCAAUUUAACAUCUCAAAAGCAAUAAAAGAUAGCAUUCUUGUCAACUUCGGUGAAUGUGGUCUAGCUUCUUCGCUCAGAUCUUUCCAAGUUAAAUAUGUCAAUUCAAUUACAAAGCUGUGUAUUAUCAGAGCUUCAAGAGAUGAAUACAAAAAAAUUUGGUAUUCAAUUAGCAUGGUUAGAAGUAUUGGGAACUGUCUUGUGCUAUUUAAUUUGUUGGAUCUUAGUGGUAGUAUAAAAGCAUGUAAAACUGCUGCCUUGAAGUGCGAUGAGUUAAAAUUCGAGCAAUACAAGCUUAUGGUUGGAGCACGGCUCUCGGUUGAUGUUAUUCGGCACAUGCAAAAUUGUAUUGAGAAGAUCAAAAUUUUAGAACACUAAGGCUCCGUUUGUUUGUCAGUAAAAUAUUUUCCGAAAAAUGAUUUACUUUUCUAGAUAUAUUAAUAAAUUUAUAUGCUAGUCUGGAUUA